UGUAUUACUGUCAUAUAUGAUCUAACUCUUAAGUUGUUUUAGUAAAAUGAAACAGAAUGGAAACCGAUCUUGAAAACCUUGUCCGUCGAAAUAGACAACAUUUUACGUCUUUUUCAGGUGGCCCACCUUUUUGAACUAGAAUAAAUUAGUAUCAACCAAUGAGAUUUCAUGACGUCACAAUACACGCCCCCAACUGGCCUUCAACAAACCUUCACGCUAUUGCGUUUUUCAUAGAAGAGAAGCAAUAUUACUAGUACUGUUGAUUCAAAAUUACUCGUCCGGUGAAAUAAUCAAGAAAACAAUUUGCAAGCAUUUUUGUACAGGUUUUAUCUUGAUAUUAAGUUGGUAUAGCUGAAAGGAAAAGGAAAUACUACGAUUAUACUAAGAAAGAUUUCCAUUGCGACGUGGCUGACUGGCUGGGACUACAAACGUAUUUUACAAAAAGCGAUAUUUUUCGUACAACAAGUGAACUACAAGAAAAAUGACUCUUGGUGACCAAAAGGCACAAACUUUGGAAGUAGGAGACUGGGUUAUCAUCGCCGCUUAUUUCGUUCUUUGUCUUGGAGUUGGACUUUUCUCCAAGUUCAGAAAACAAAGAGGAAAACAAGAGACCUCUGAAAGUUACUUUUUGGCUGGUAGAUCUAUGCUAUGGUGGGCUGUGGGGCCCAGCUUGUUUGCCAGUAACAUUGGAAGUGAGCACUUUAUUGGAUUAGCUGGUUCUGGUGCAGCAACAGGGGUGGGCGUGGUAUCCUACGAAUGGCAGGCAUGUUGGGUAUUAUUGCUACUUGGCUGGGUGUUUGUACCAAUCUACCUAAGGUCAAGAGUAUUCACCAUGCCAGAGUAUUUAAAAAAGAGGUUUCAAAGUCGCUGGGUGAGAACAUACCUCACUGCAGUUGCACUUAUUUCCUACGUAUUCACAAAAACCUCAGUUGAUAUCUAUGCUGGAAGUGUGUUCUUGUAUGAGGCAGUUGGUUGGAACGUGUAUAUUUCUGCUGCUGUCAUCCUACUAAUCACAGCCAUUUACACACUGCUAGGUGGACUAAUGGCUGUAAUCUUUACUGACGUCCUGCAGUGUGCUAUCAUGAUCAUUGGUGCUAUUGUACUAGCUAUUAUGAGUUUUGUGAAAGUUGGUGGAUAUAAUGAAUUAUGGAGAAAAUACGAAAGUGCUGUCGGGAUGCCAUACAAAGUUGUAACCAACACGACGGCUAUGAACUAUACUGCAAAUGGUACGAGUACUGAGGCUUGUUACAAGAUGACUCCUUACUGGGGUAAUAUGAUACGACCACUAGAUGACCCAGACUACCCCUGGUUAGGGAUAUGGACCACAUUACCUAUAAUGGGUAUCUGGUAUUGGUGUACGGACCAGGUGAUCGUUCAGCGCGCUCUUGGGGCCAAGAAUAACGUUCAUGCUAAAGCAGGGUCAAUCUUUGCUGGACUUCUCAAAAUUCUUCCUAUGUUUAUCAUGGUGAUGCCUGGUAUGAUCAGCCGGGUAUUGUUUCCAGACUCCAUCGCGUGCGCUGAUGCUGUGAGCUGUCUUCACUACUGUAAUAAUAAAUGGGGAUGUACAAAUAACGCUUAUCCCAAGCUGGUAUUGAACGUUCUCCCCACGGGUCUUGUUGGUUUGAUGAUGGCUGUGAUGAUGGCUGCUCUUAUGUCGUCCUUAUCAUCAGCAUUCAACAGCAGUGCUACUAUAUUUACUGUUGAUGUAUGGCUAAUAUUCAGACCAAGUGCUAAAGAGAGGGAAAAAUUGAUCGUUGGUCGUGUGGUUGUUCUGUUAUUGGUUGGUAUCAGCCUAGUGUGGUUACCAAUCAUACAGGGUGCUCAUGGUUCCCAACUGUUUGUCUACAUUCAAACCAUUCAAUCCUACCUAGCUCCACCAAUCACAAUGGUCUUUGGUCUAGGUAUCCUAUGGCCGCGCCUAUCUGAGGCAGGUGCUCUGUCUGGCUUAAUUGUUGGAUUUAUAAUGGGAAUGUUUAAGUUUAUUUUUGGCAACAUUUAUCCUCCCCCUGAUUGUGGUCAGCCAGACGCACGACCAGGAUUCGUCAAGCUUCAUUUUAUGUAUUAUGCCAUUAUUAUAUUUGGAGUGAGUGGCAUAGUAAUGGCUGUUGUCAGCUUCUUCACUAAACCAGUUCCUCGUCAUCAAUUGGGUGGUCUUACAUGGAGUACUAUCAACGAUCCACCAAUGGCUUGUGGUGCUAUUGGUGAAGAAGGUCUAGAUGUUACACCAGAUCCUGAACGGGCUAUAGCUAAUGGAACUAUGCCCAGUACUGAUGGCGUUUCUUUGCAGCUUCUUGAAGUCAAGAAGGACCAAGGAGAAAGAAAGGAUGUUAUAGUAACCUGCGAUGAAGUGUAUCUUGAGGUAGUUCAAUUCAGCGAGGAAAGCAAGCUUCUAAAGUGGGCUAUGAGAGGAUUCACGAUCCUUGUACUCUUUACUCUGGUGUUUUUAUGGAUCUAUUAUCGCUAACCGUAGUGUUUUCUACCUAUGGCUAUUAAGUCUGAUGAAAAAUAUUAUUGAGGGAGUUUUAUAAACAUUUUCAUCUAUAUAAUUGGUAACAGCUGGAAUUUUUCUCAAAAAGGUUUUCAUACGCAAUAUUCCUAUAGAUUUGCAAUGCUUGUGAAUUAAAUAAGUGUGCUUCUUUGUAUAAAUAGUUCAAUUUCAUAAAAGUCAUGGAGUUAGUAGAUAAUAUGAUGAACAUUAUAAAAAAAUGUUAUAGUUUCUAAAGUCUAAUAAUCAGGCCCGUAGGCUGCCUUAUUAAUGCGGACCUUACUACUAACUAGUUAGCUCAAUGCACAGGUAUAGUGUGCUCGCACUUAAAGCGUGAAACAAAUAGUACUAAUUAUUACUAAAUAGUGUUGAUUAUAAAAUAGGAAACAAAGGAAUUUGUAUCACCUAUUUUGUAGUAUUUAUAUUUCACGCAUUUAGUGCGAGCACUCUAGUGCGUAAAGACUGGCUGCUAGAAUGAGCAGUUCAUAACAAACUAUCUCACAAACACUGAGUUCAUAAAAAAAAGAGUUUUAAAAUAGAACAAUAAAAAAGAGAAACACCGGACCUUUUAAGCAAGCCUACGGGCCUAGACAUUAGAAAAUACAAUGGGCGGUUAAACCGUCGUCAUAUAUAUAAUCAAUAUUUAACUCAAUUUCAUCUAAGUAUUUAUCAUGUUAGUAAUCUUAAACUUUGGUUCAGCUUUGUCUUUCAAAAAAGAACUCAACACAUGAGAAACGGAAACAAUAAUAAUAUAAUAGGGUCGUUAGCCUGAGGUUAAGUAAAUUCCAUACAUUUUUUUUUCGUAUGUGCUUUGAAAAUUGUUCAUUACCGUCAUGUGAAGAUUUAGUGCAUGAGCCGGAGUAUCCAAAGCUUAAAAGUGUACAUAUAUGGUUUAUAAUUUGGUGGUGUGGGAAAAAGCGUGUAUUCUAACUCUGGUAAGCAAGCUCUUCUAGCAUGUAGUAACCGCGUUGCUAUACGAAAAUAAACAGCUAUAAAACACACA